AUUUACAUACUUGUUCAGUCUAGUUAUCAGGGAAACCUGUUUAUUUAAAUAUUCUCUUGGUAUUUUCCUCCCAAGGCUAGCAGUUGCUACUCUAAAACAGUAGAAAUAAUUUCGCUUAAUUUCAGUCGGUUUUAUCAAUUAUUAUGGGUGAUAUUGUAGAAAAACCGGUGCUAUACUCCUACUGGCGCAGCUCGUGCUCGUGGCGGGUGCGCAUCGCGCUCAACCUCAAGGAGAUCCCGUACGACAUCAAGGCCGUCAGCCUGAUCAAGGGUGGCGGCGAGCAACACUGCAACGAGUACCGGGAAGUCAACCCAAUGGAGCAAGUGCCGUCUUUGUGCAUUGAUGGGCACACCCUGAUAGAGUCACUAAGCAUACUGCAUUAUUUAGAAGAGACACGACCUCAAAGGCCACUAAUGCCCCAGGACUGCUACAAGAGAGCCAAAGUUAGAGAGAUAUGCGAGGUGAUAAGCUCCGGCAUCCAGCCGCUCCAAAACCUAGUCGUCCUGAUCUACGUAGGCGAAGAGAAAAAGAAAGAAUGGGCUGCGCACUGGAUGACCCGUGGUUUCCGCGCCGUGGAGCGCCUGCUGUCGGGCUCGGCUGGCAAGUACUGCGUGGGCGACGAAAUCACGCUGGCUGACUGCUGCCUUGUGCCCCAAGUCUUCAACGCUAGAAGAUUCCACGUAGACCUGCGUCCGUUCCCCAUCAUCCUGCGCAUAGACCGCGAGCUGGAGCACCACCCGGCGUUCCGCGCGGCGCACCCUUCCACGCAGCCCGACUGCCCGCCGGAAGCCGCCAAGUGAGGCCGGCCCCCCGCCCGGGGAUACCUCUAGCACGUUCACUAACUGCCAGUUUCUAUAUCUCUAUCUAUACAUAACUGGUAGUUACUUUCAUACGAUUUUGACAUAUAAUC